UUUUUAUUGAAAUUUAUCAUUUUUUAUAUUAAUUUUUAUUUUUUAAACAAUAUUUUUUUAAGGAAAUUUUUAAAAAAGGCAUUUAAUUGGGUAAUAUUUUUUUGUGGCAUGUCUAAGCGCAAUUCUUCAGAAUUUUCUCCUUUAAAUUUUGCAGCAAAUAUGACAAACAACGAAAAACGCAGCAAAAUUGUUGAAGAAAUUAAUUCUUUAAAUUUUGACAAAAUUGCAACAGAAAUGGAACAAGACAAGACUACACCUAAUUGGGCGAAAUUAAUUAUUGGACAAAUGGGCUCUCUUCUAAAAAUUGCAGCAGACCUUCUAAAUGAACAACAAAAUUCUUAUGGAAAUUUUGAACUUCAUUUACAAAAACAACAACAACAAUUUGAGGAAAAUGAGCGUCUUCACAGCAUAGUGAUUACUGGAUUGGAAGAAAGUCAAAAAUCAGAUGCUCUGGAGCGUGUGAAGGAAGAUCAAAACAAGGUUUUAGAAGUUAUUAAUAUGUGCAAAGUUGACAUUGGUUUGCCAACUGCUAUUUUUCGUAUGGGUGUUAAAAAAAUGAAUUCUUGUCGUCCAAUUAAAGUAAAAAUGCCAAGUAAGGCAGCGGGAGUCUCUAACCGCUUCCGAGCUUAA